AUGGAUUCUAAUCCAUGUAGCCAAAACUCCAAGUUUGUUGAACUGCUUAACAGUCAACAAGAAAUGGUAUUUGGUUUUUCUCAAGAUAGUGUCUCACUAUCUUCAUCACAAGCCCCGGUGUUUGCAUUUCAAGCGACUACAGAGACUCCAGCAGAGCGUAGGGAAAGGAGGGUGUGGACGCCAGUCGAUGAUGUUGUUUUAAUCAGCUCUUGGUUGAACACAAGCAAAGACCCGGUGGUGGGGAACGAGCAAAGAUGCGGUACAUUCUGGAAAAUGAUUGCAGCUUACUUUGCUGCAAGUCCUAAGGUCUCAGGCCGUGAAGGCAGAGAGCCAACCCAUUGCAAACAGCGCUGGCAGAAGAUCAACGAUGGUGUGAACAAGUUUUGUGGGGCUUACGAGGCCGCAAGCAGAGAGAAAAGCUUAGGACAAAAUGAGAAUGAUGUUCUGAAGUUAGCUCAUGAAAUCUACUUCAACAACCACAACAAAAAGUUUACUCUCGAACACGCUUGGAAAGAGCUACGCAAUGACCAAAAAUGGUGUGAGCUCUCUUGUUCUAAAGCCCAUGGAAACGCUAAAAGGAGGAAGUGUGAUGACAGUGCUCAGUCAUCAAGCUCUCGCGCUAAUGAAACCACCACUGCUGAGGAUGAUCAAGGAAGUAACCGACCACCGGGUGUGAAGGCUUCUAAGGGCCAGGGCAAGAAGAAGAUAGCAGAGGGGAAGCCAUUGUCUGAGUUUCAGACACUCUGGAGCAUCAAGAAGGAGGACCUGACUAUGAAAGAAAAGAUUUCGAAGAUGAAGCUACUUGACAGUUUGAUUGCUAAACAAGAGCCCCUAGCUGAGUAUGAAGAAUCUCUGAAGAAGAAGCUCAUCAAUGACUUGUUGUCUUAA